UGUGCUAAAUAUCUCAGCAGGGAGUGAGUAGGGACUUACACAGCUCUCUCUCUCUCACUGUCCAGUGUUAUCAGUGAGUUAGUGAUAAGCCAGGUAUCAGUGGCAUACUUAUCACUUUAUCACCUAUGUAGCAGUGUAGCUUCGAUUUUAGAACAAUGAGUGACUGAUGGCCCCGGAGCGGAGACUGCUUGUGAUAUACAUAAUCGCAUUUUUCUGUGGCCUGGUGUCGUCUGCCAGUCUAGCCAUCCCAUGGCUUUACUGGGACCCUACGCUGAACACUUGUAUCAACAUCAACUGUGGCUGUAUUCUCUACAGUGUUGUCACCUUCAGCUCUCUCGUGGGGGGAGCUGGCUGGCUCUGCAGAUUUGCAGUGUUUGUCCAGUUGCCAGUACUGCUCUGGGCUACCGCCGCUGCUCUCUUCCACGCCUAUCGAAUCUGUGUCCCUGCUAAGCCUCCUGCUAGAAGACGCACUGUUACGUUCAAUGAGGAUGGUUCCAGGAAGCCUGCUGUCACAAGACGAGCCCCUCCCAGGUACUCUGUCCUUGCGGUGCUGGCUCUGGUGGUAACAGUGUCUUUGUUGGCCCAAGCUUGGAUUAUCACAGGCGGAUACUUCGCCACUUGUCGCACAUACAAGAAGAGUGUUUCCCAAAUGCUGAAUGCUAAUGGAAACUUGGCCCAGUUGGUGUUCGAACGAAUGUCCUGUGGGACUAUUAUGGACUUCUUGGACUACCUGCAACCUGACCCCCCACUGCUACCUGAGCGCUACCGGCGCACUUACACCAUCCACACUGCCUAUUAUCUGCAGGUAGCUCUGGCAUCCUCCUGGGUCGAUUGUGGUGUUUGGUUGGUGAUUGUUGCAUACAACACCUAUCUUGCAUACAACUCUAAUAAAACAUAGUAAAAACCUU